UGGUGAUGGAAUGUUGCAAUUAGACAGGAAUACAUUCAUUCAACGCGUUUCCCGUUAGUAUUUGAACCGUUUUCUUAAUGUGUGGUACUCCGUUCAAAAGAUCGCGCUUAAAGGAGGUGUGUUACACACCAGUAGUCGGAGUACAAUGAGGUUUUCCAUGUUGAUCAGUCUGUUGAGGCCGAUCGGGCCGGUUGUUAUCGGGAUCUCUCUGGGAUUUACACUUAGUUUGUUGAGUGUGUGUUGGGUAGAGAAGAGUUGUGAUAUUACCACCGUUGGAGAGGAUGAAGGGAUGAUUUCAUCCCAGGAUGGUAACCUGAAAGGAGCCCGGACACCAAACUCCAUUUACACUGGGAAUGAUGGCGAGGAGGAUUUCCAACCGAGAAUUGUAUCAUAUAAGCCAGUGAAACAGACUAAGCCCAAGAAACUUUUCAGGGCAAAAUACAUCAGCACAGAGCUGGGAAUCCGAGAUCGUCUUUUUGUGGGAAUACUCACCUCCAAAUACACCAUCAACACUCUGGGAGUGGCUGUCAACCGCACCAUCUGCCAUCAUCUGGACAAUGUCUUGUUCUUCACUGGUUCGCGGAGCCGCAAGGUACCCCAUGGCAUGUCUGUGGUCACCCACAGUGACGAGCGCCUCAUCUGGAACAUGUUCCAGACCAUCAAGUACAUAUUAGAACACUUCAUAACAGAGUACAACUGGUUCUACCUUACUCAGGACGACACCUACACGCACGCAGAUCGUAUCAAGGCUCUGGUGGAGCACUUGAGUAUGGACCGGGUGCUGUACAUGGGCAGCCCUGAAGAGUUUAUCGGUGGUGACAUGCAGGGGCGGUAUUGCUAUGGGGGUUUUGGAUAUCUGCUGUCUCGCAGUCUUUUGUUAAGACUUCAGCCCUUCCUGGAGAACUGCCGGAACGACAUCCUCAGCGCCAGACAUGACGAGUGGCUGGGGCGAUGCAUCAUUAACUAUGCUGAUACCAACUGUGUGGAGGAAUUUGAGGGGCAGAAGUAUUAUUAUUAUGAAAUGGGAAAAAAUUCUGACCCCAGUAAAGAUAAUAAUAUCCCAUUUAAGGAUGCACUGACCGUCCACCCAGUAUCUGAUCCUGAGCAGAUGUACAGACUACACAAACACUUUACUGAGAUUGAACUGCAGAAGACAUAUGAGGAAAUUGAAAAACUGCAGGCAGAGAUAAAAAAUGUGAGUGCUGUGGCUUUCGAAGGCAACCAUAGUGCCCUGUGGCCAGUUGGUAUCAAUCCACCAUUUGAGCCCAAAACACGUUUCGAGGUCCUACGGUGGGAUUACUUCACAGAGGAUCACGUGUAUUCCUGCAUCGAUGGCUCACCGAAGUGCGAGCUGCGUGGAAUUGAUAAGCUGGACGUAGCUGAUGUCAUUGAGAUGGCUAUGAUGGAGCUGAACAAGAAGUAUAAGCCCAUUCUGCACCUGAAGAAGCAGCAGCUGAUUAAUGGGUACAGGCGCUUUGACCCCACGAGAGGGAUGGAGUACACCCUUGAUCUACAGUUGAAGGUGGUUAACCAGAAAGAACACAGUCACUCCAUCACCAAGAGAGUCCAUCUGGUGAGGCCUCUCAGUCGCAUUGAGAUCAUCCCCAUGCCUUAUGUUACUGAGGCAACCAGAGUCCAAAUCAUCUUACCGGUCACUCUUCAAGACAAAGAGCAUAUUCGCCAAUUUUUGGAAGUGUACACCACGAAUGUGUUUGAGACCAGUGACAAUGCCAUCUUGACAUUUUUCUUAAUCUACGAUCCCAUCGAGGCUCAGCAAGUGAACCAGAAUGACAUCUUUGCCAGUGUAAAAGAACAAAUCAAUGCCUACGAGCACAGGUACCCUAUGGUCAAAAUCCCUUGGAUCAGCGUUAAAAGCGAAAGUACUUCUCAAAUAAAAUGUAUGGACAUCAUAUCCAAGAAGCUCCCAGUUGACACAUUGUUCUUCAUUGCUACUGUGAAAACUAGCAUCAACUCGGAGUUCCUCAAUCGCUGUCGGAUGAACUCCAUAAACAACUGGCAGGUGUUCUUUCCCAUUCACUUCCAAUACUACAAUUCUGACAUCGCUUAUCACAACCAGCCCCUUCCCAAAACUGCCGAUAUGGUCAACGAGGCUGGCCUCUUUGAUCGCAGUUCCUUUAACGAGGCAUGUUUCUACAACUCAGACUACAUGGAGGCACGGACGCACAUGUCCUCAGAUGUCCAGGAGAAUGAAGAGAUUCUGGAGAACCUGGACAUAUAUGAAAUGUUUGUGAAGUAUUCUAGUCUUCAUGUUUUCCGAGCAGUGGAGCCGGCCUUGCAUCAGAAAUAUAGCUACCAGCCUUGUAAUCCUCGCCUAAGUGAAGAUAUAUACCGGAGGUGUUUACAGAGCACCUUGGACAGCCUCGGAUCACGCUCUCAGCUCGCCAUGCUGCUGUUUGAACAAGACCAGGGCAACAGUACUUAAAACCAAAUCCGAAAGAUUGAGAAAUGACUGAGAGGUGAUAAAUCCUUCUCCCUUCAUUGGGCUGAUGUUUUACUAGUAUGUGUCUGUGAAAUCAAAAUGCUGAACAAUCAAAAAUCCUGUUGGUACCAAAAAAAAGUGACUAAAGACAUCAAAAAUAUGUAUUAUUUUUUGUGGUUACAGGGGCUUUAUGAUUUUCUUUGGUGUUUUUUUUUUUUUAUCUUUCUCUUAUGAGCAACAUGGUUUCUGUUGGCUUUUAGACCAAACAGCUGUCAGCUGUAAAAACUAUCACUACCGUAACAUAUCCAAAUGACUGUGCCUUCAAAACAAUGCUGCCCUUUCACAAUACCUUUGUGUAGUUCCUGUCAAAAUAAAUGAUAAACUUUUGCUCAAGUCAAUUUAAGCAGUUUGUUUAUAAAACUUUCCUUUCCCUGCAUAUUUAAUAGAACAGUUUUAAAAUUGUUUUAAUAAGUCAGAAGGCACUAUAGCCUGAUUCUACCUGAUUCACUGAUUUUAGCAGUGUUUUUUUUUUGCCUCUACAAAGGCUGCAGUCAUACGUCACACGCAUUUCUAACACAGUAGAGCUGUUCAGGUUGUAUUCCACAAACCCAGAAGAGAAUUCGCCAUUCCCUCGGUUUUUAUAAUGGGAGUUUUGGAUUUAUGAGUAAAAUAAGGUCUGUGGUAAACUACUUGACGAUACAUGGCUGCUCUACAACAUAUAUUACACACUUUCAUAACUCAAAUGUGAAUCUUAUUUUACUCAUAAAUUGAAAAACCCCAUAGGAAAAUCCAGAGGAAACCCAUGGGGAAUUAGACUUCCGGGUUCGACUACAAAUUGGCGUCAUGGCUGAACAACUCUACCCAGUGCAUAACUGUAAAAAAUACUCACAAUGUGAUUUUUAAGGUAAUUUUAAGACCAUUUUAAGGUAAAAUCAUUCUUCGUGCCAAAGAACAAACAUUAACACACAUUUCCAAAAGUUUCAAACACUAUUUUGUCCAAGACAUUUCAUCCAGGAUAGCCACAUAAAGUAUGAAAUUAAUGUUUGUAUCCUGAACAGAACACCAAGUAUACCAUGCCUGUGCAUGUAAAUAUGUUUACCCUGUGUGACUCAAAUAUUCCUCAAAGAGAUUGCGCUGAUAAAAGUCUUGAACUAAUAAUUUCAUUUGAAAUCUGCCUUGCACGUGAGUCUCACAAUACUUGCAUCAAAGCAUUUCAUUGUUACUGUCCAGUGGGCUAUUUUUUUACAUGACAAAAAAAUUAAUAAUGCCCCCUCUCAGAAAGAUUGUUGGUUGAGUUACUCUGUUCUAGUUUGUGCUGAUUAAUCAUCUUCUAGAGUGGGAUGCAAAACUAUUGCAAUACUUUUCAGAUUUAUUGUGUACUCCAUUGAGUCUGCUUAGAGCCUGUUGAUGAAAACACUCCAGAUGAGUUUAGCACAUAUAAUUCUACACAAUUUAUUCAAAUACUUUUUCAGGAAAUGUCCAGUUAUUUUUUAAGAUGCACUUUAGAGACCCUAUAUAUGUAUGAUUGUAAACAUUUCAUGAAAAACAACAUGUCUGCAUGGCAACACAUUGAGCUAUAAGAUUAAGAGAUUUUAUGUUCAUUUGUUUUUUAAAGUGAGUGUACAAAGCAUGUAUGUAUUUUUGUUGGUCUCGUUUUUGUCCUUCUCUUGGUACCUGGGUUUUCUCGAUUUAUCUAGUGAUUUGUUAAGAAGAUUGUAUUUUUUUAUUAUUAUUAUUAUUUAAUUCAGCCAAUAGCUUAAAAAAUUUAGUACACUGUCAAACAUUGUUCAAAAACUUGUGUAAUACAAUAUAAUGAUGCUGGGUAGCAAAACGUUUUUGCAUAUAAGAGCUGUGAAAAAGGUUUUUCAACUUGAAGAGUUGUAUCUUUUAAAUGACACAGAAUGAGCAGAUUAAAGCAGCCACUGGCCUUUAGGGGUCAGCAGAGGAGCGUUGGAUUACGACUGCUCUCAGAUAUGUAUACUUUCACAAGACUGUUUAUAAACCUCACUUUUGUUGAAUAUUUCUUUAUAAAUAUUCUCUACAAAUAUAUUGUAUUUUAUUUUAUUUUUAUAUUGUUGUACAAAAUGUUUAAUAAAGAGUUUUUUAG